UCAUUUCCAAACACAAAUCAAAGACAAAAUGCAACAAUAAAUGCAGUUUCAUUUCCAAACACAAAUCAAAGACAAAAUGCAACAAUAAAUGCAGUUUCAUUUCCAAACACAAAUCAAAGACAAAAUGCAACAAUAAAUGCAGUUUCAUUUCCAAACACAAAUCAAAGACAAAAUGCAACAAUAAAUGCAGUUUCAUUUCCAAACACAAAUCAAAGACAAAAUGCAACAAUAAAUGCAGUUUCAUUUCCAAACACAAAUCAAAGACAAAAUGCAACAAUAAAUGCAGUUUCAUUUCCAAACACAAAUCAAAGACAAAAUGCAACAAUAAAUGCAGUUUCAUUUCCAAACACAAAUCAAAGACAAAAUGCAACAAUAAAUGCAGUUUCAUUUCCAAACACAAAUCAAAGACAAAAUGCAACAAUAAAUGCAGUUUCAUUUCCAAACACAAAUCAAAGACAAAAUGCAACAAUAAAUGCAGUUUCAUUUCCAAACACAAAUCAAAGACAAAAUGCAACAAUAAAUGCAGUUUCAUUUCCAAACACAAAUCAAAGACAAAAUGCAACAAUAAAUGCAGUUUCAUUUCCAAACACAAAUCAAAGACAAAAUGCAACAAUAAAUGCAGUUUCAUUUCCAAACACAAAUCAAAGACAAAAUGCAACAAUAAAUGCAGUUUCAUUUCCAAACACAAAUCAAAGACAAAAUGCAACAAUAUAUUCGGAUAUUCAGCGUCAAAUCCCUCAGCAUCAAUCCUCACUACCUAAUGAAACUGCUUCUUAUUCUUCCCAAAUUUCUAAUCAUUUAACCGAUAAUCCUCCAUUAACAGAUUUACAAAAUACACAUCUAGUGCCAAAUUUUGCUUAUGAUUACCAAAAUAAUUUUUCAACGCAUAAACAAUCUAUUAUCGUUAAUAAAGCUUGCAUUGAACUUAUUCCUAAUUAUCAAUCUUUUGAUGAUAAAAAUAAAGAGAUUCACCGAAAAAGAAUCAAAAAUAUUCUGAGGACUUAUCAUACAUUUUCAAUUUCCCAAUCCGCACGUAUUAAAUAUUCAUUAACCAUAUAUACAAAUGGUCAUCCUUUGAGAUUUCAACGUUACAAUGCUCAUAAUAAUUAUUUAGAAAUUAUUUAUUAUUGCGGAUAUAAACCUAGAUGCAACUUUUGUAUGCAUGUAAAAGUCUUUGAUGAGAAAUUAAAUAUUUCUCCUGAAGAAAAACCAGACAGUAAACUUCAUAACUGCCGACCUGCAAAACAAUCUCAAAUAA